AUGCCGCGCUUCCUGGUCCCCAAGAGAUCAGGAGAGCAUCGAGCAGCAUGCAUCGCGCUCUACCGCGCGCUCCUCUCACAAUGCGCCGCAGUGCCCAUCAGCGAUGACAAGCGCGGCGCGCUGAGAAACAUUGCCCGGAAUAAAUUCAGGGCCAACAGAGAGCAUCACAGUACGCGACUGCUGAAGCUUGGCUUCCACGCUGGCUAUGAGGCGCUCGACCUCCUCGAUGCCUCCGCCUCCGGCGACACGGCCGCAACCACCAAGAUAGAUGCCCUCCUAUCGAAGACGCCAGCCCGCCUGACACAGCCGCCGAAGAAGCCCGCUCCCAAGCCUCGAAAACCUGCACCCGAUCACCUCCCUCCUGAGGCCAAAACCCUCGAUGUCCGUCCUCGUCUCACCGUCUCCGGCAUUCGUCGCAUACCAAAGCUUGUCAAUGCCGGCGGGGUGCCGAUUCUUCGCUUCAAGAAACCGCAGCCCCCGGGCCUAAGCCGGCUGAUCAAGGACAAGAUAAAACAGCGACAGGAUAUGUUCGACAGGAUCAACGCGAUGCAGGAUAUCUGGAUACCACUUGCAGAGGCGGAAGAUACCUGGGAUACCAUAGUCAAAGAGCGUUUCGGUGUGACAGACACGCGGUCUCAGGGUCUGGAUUCGGAAGAGCCGGGCUGGAGCGAUGUGAUGAGGGAGACCGUGGAGCAAUCAUUUGAGUGGUAUGAUGCACAGAAGGAGAAGGUCAGGAAAACGGCGAUUAGGAUGCAGGAUAUUAUUGACCAGGAGACUGAGCUGGCAAGGCAAGAGAAAGCUGUCCGGGAUGAGAAACGGAGGGGGGAGAAACUGGCCAGAAGAGCCGAGAAGCGGCGGCUCAUGGCAUCCCCACCGGAGAAGGCUUUGGAGGGUUACACUGUCAGCACACAAGCGAGGCACUGA